UGAAACAGACUCAACUACGAGUGUCUAUACGUGUUUAUAUAUAUUUAAUAGAAAGAGUAGGAUCACAGUUUCUAAAGGGGGACAAGAUGGCACUGCAGAUGGCCUUGUGCACCAAGGAUGACCUAAGCGAGGCGGUCAAACUGCAGAAGCGCGAACAGUACGAAGAGGAGCGUAAGAAGCGCAUCUUCAAUGCCAGGCAGCGACUCUUUGGGCUUGAUCUGGACACCUUGGAGCGUCAGAUAUUGGAGAAGAAGAAACAGCAAAGUGUUCAACUGGAAUGUGAUAAACGUUACGAGGAGCAGGAACAGCUGCAGAAGCGCCUGAUCACCGCCAAGGAUAAGGAGCUGGAGAAGGAGAAACGUAUUCUCGACUCGGAUCUCAACUAUUAUCGUUGUCGCUAUCAGCGCAUGGAUCAACGACGUGAAUUCGAUCUGAACGAUCCCAAUUUUCUGAAGAAAUCAAAGCCGGCCCGCAUUGCCGACGCCGACAACUCGCUGGGCAUAUCCAGUGCACAGAUCUUCUACGGUGAGGAUCUGUGCAAGAACGAUCGCCAGAUAAGGCAGCGGGAACAACAGCGCGCCUGGCUCGAUCAGCAGGUGCUGGAGCGCAAACAGGCAGAGGAGGCACGUCGCCAAGCGGACAAUGUGUACAUGGAGAGUGUCCAGUGUCGUGACAAGCAUCUGGAGGAGAUGGCCAAAUCGGAUCAUCGCACGCGCCAUCAAAUCAUACACAAGAUACGCCAGUUUAACGUCAAUCUGGCCAAGCAGAAGCAAGCGAAUCGUGCACGCGAAAAACUGGAGACAUAUGAGGAUGACAUGGCCGAGAUUUACAAUAUGCUGUCCAGCGAUAUGCUGACAGAGAAUCCGGACGUUGCCCAGUCACGCUCCAAUCCGAAUCGAAAGAUCGCCUUCAUGUAUCGUGGCAUGACACCCGAGGAGCUGCUCGACUUCCGCAAGAGCCAGGAACAGCAGCUGUCGGACACGUUGCAGCGCAAAACGGAGACUCAGCUGAUGGACAAACAGUGGGAACAGUAUGCCAUGAAUAUGGAUCGCACCCUGAUGCUCAAGCAGAUUGAUAUGGAUCGCAAGCACAAGCAGCAAUUGGAUGAUUUGGUGCGGGCCAAUGCGAAGCUGGCCAUCGAACAGGAUCAGCAGCGCAAGGAUGCCCUCGUCCAGCUGAGCAAUGCAGUCAGUGACGAUUUCUACGAUCAAUUCAACAAGACCUCACGUUAGUUCUAUAUAUAUAUACAUAUAGUUAGUUCAUCUCUGAUCCGUGUGUGGAAUUGAGGCGUCAGCAUUUCGAAUUGUGUUGCCGUCUGAAUUCCACACACGUUCAAAUGCAUUUCAAAUUCAAAUGUAUAAUUAAAGCGUAAAUUACAAAUUAAACACUGCUUUUUAUCGAUUAUUGAUUGGGCAGACUAACUUGAAUA